CCCCAGCAUUUCCACUUCAAGUUCCAAAAGCGAAGCUCCAACAGGCUGGAACCCCUGAUUAGGUAAACACUCCAUCUGUCGACGGGCCGCAGAACUUCUAUCGCAACUUUUGCCUCUGGCCAGUUCUGCUCUGAUUCCGCCUCUGGGAACCGACACUGGGCAGAAUCACCAUCUGCCCGCUAUUCGAUCGCUCUUUACUGUCCCUACGUCCCUAACUUCACGUGGUGAGACAACAGUUUUCUGCUUCUUUACCUUCUUUGGUCCGGCGCUAGCUCUUCUCGAAAUCUUGACGAUCACCACGUUUACGAAGAACGCCGACCGCAAUACUAUCGAUAAACAUCCGCCUUCUGGCAAUUCUUGCUCCGAUUCCAACAAAAAGACACCGACCCAAAGUCGCCCCCACAAUGAGACUGCGACAGCUUCUCAUCCCCUCCCUUGUGGCCACUGCCGUCAUCGCGCAGUCGACGACGGAGAGCAGCAAGCAACUCGAGAAGAAUGCGGCUAUCGAUUCCCUAGUCGACGUCCCACCAGUCGCUAAGAAGUACGGCACUAAAGAUGCGCCUGUUGAUGGCAAGGAUGGGAAGCCGCACGCGGGCCCCUUUGUCGACUUCGAGUCUUCUGCUCCCGAAACCACCAAGGACUUGCCUGUUUUGAAAGACCGCCCAGAAAAUCCUACAAUUGUGGGCGGGAAGAAGAUACCCGAUACCAACGAUGGAGUAAUGGACGACCCCAAUCGACAGGGGCCCAAAGAAGGCACCACAGGUACAAGCGGCGGUGUAAGCGAGAAGACCAAGGAGAGGAUCCUGAAGGAGAACGAGACUGGCGAGAAGGUCGAAAACAAGCCUCAGGCCCCCAAGGAAGCUCCGCCCCUGCCGCACGCAGAGCAGAAGAAGAUGAACAAGGAAACGCAAGACAAACACGGUGACAAGGCGGCAGACGAUAUCACGGGCUUCGAGAAGCCAGCAGAUCUCCCUGACAAGACACACGACAAAUCUCCCCCUCUGCCUGACUCGGCGGGAAGGAUCGAUCAUCUAGACGUCCCCAGUGGAGAGAAGACGGGAGCCAGCCUCGGUGAUUUCGGCAAGGGCACUGAAGGCGUCAUCACACCUUUCCACUCUUUCUUCCUUUCGUUCACCAUGAUUCUUUUUUCCGAGAUCGGCGACAAGACAUUCCUCGUCGCUGCCUUGAUGGCUAUGAAGCACGACCGCCUAGUUGUGUUUUCCGGCGCUUUUGCUGCCUUGAUCACCAUGACCAUCCUCUCAGCCGUCUUGGGACACGCUGUGCCCACCCUUAUUCCCAAGAAGAUCACCAACUACCUGGCUGCCGCUUUGUUCCUUGUCUUUGGAGCUCGGUUGCUCCGUGAGGGUAUGGCCAUGAGUCCCGAUGAAGGCGUUUCCGCCGAGAUGCAGGAGGUUGAACAGGAGCUUGAGGAGAAGGAACACCUUGCCCGUAAGCAGGGCCGCAGGAGGUCGAGCGUCUCUCCCUACAGUCUGGAAAUGGGUCUUGGUAACCGCAAGUCUCGCUCCAAGUCCCGAUUCCCGACGCCGCCUCGAAGCCCCUCCAGCUCGCCCGAUGCACGAAACGCUUCGCCGCGUGGAAGAAACCUUACGGAAUGCCUCGCCGGUUUCAACAACCUUGUGUCUCUUCUGCUGAGCCCAGCCUGGGUCCAAACCUUCGUUAUGACCUUUUUGGGCGAGUGGGGUGACCGCAGCCAAAUUGCAACCAUUGCCAUGGCGGCUGGUCAGGACUAUUGGUGGGUCACGCUCGGAGCUGUUGUUGGCCACGGUAUUUGCACGAGUGUUGCCGUCAUCGGUGGAAAGGCUAUCGCAGGCAAGGUCAGCCUGAAAGUCAUCACCGUCGGUGGUGCUGUUGCCUUCCUCGUCUUCGGCGUCAUUUAUUUGGUUGAGGGCUUUUAUUCGUAGACCAAC